AUGGAAAACCUUGCUAACACUAUAGAGGCUAAUGCUACUGCGACUCUGCAGGCAGUGCAGAGGCUAGGCCAACCGGCUGAAAAUGGAAACAGAAAUGGCGAAGGAAAUGCUAAUGUUAAUGCUGAGGGAAACGCUUGCGAGAGAGGCCCAGCACUGGUGGCAAGUCGAGUGUCGCUUGCUACAGCUCCAGAAUGCCGAUGUUCCUUGGGAUAUUAUACUAGCAUGUUUAAGGAGCUUUGUAGGUUUUAUAGGAGGGGGUUGAAGGACAACAUUAUGACUGCUGUGGCUCCUAUGGAGAUUCGUACUUUCUCUGAUUUAGUGAACAAAGCGAGGGUGGUUGAGGAGUAUGCCAAGACGAUUGGUUUAGGUGGGUGCUUUAACUGUGGCUUGCCUGGUCAUAUUGCGAGGGAUUGCACUUGUGGAAAGAACCCGAAUGCAGGUCAGAGUCAGCAUCAAGGUCGAGUCUUUGCAGUGAACGCCAAGGAUGCUUCUAAGGCGGAUCCGUUGAUGAGAGGUAUAUGUGUAAUUGGUGAUAAAACAUUAAUUGCAUUGUACGAUACUGGAGCUUCGCAUUCGUUUAUUUCGUUUGCAAAAGUUGAGGAACUAGGCUUGAAAGUGUCAGAGUUAGCGUUUGAUCUACAUGUACAUACUCCGUAUCAGACGGUUAUGACUAAGUUAAGGUGUAGGCAAGUAGGAUUCAAGCUUGAGGGUAGAGACUUUGUGCAUGAUUUGAUCUAUUUGCCAAUGAUAGGGUUAGAGAUAAUUUUGGGAUUUGAUUGGUUGUCAAGGAAUCGGGUGUUGUUGGAUUGCUUUGAGUGGUCAAUUCAGUUUAUGGCAGAAGGAGAAAAUGGAGCAGUGAUAGCUGAGGGUUAUUACCUGAACUCUGUAGUGGUGCACUAUAGUGGAGAAGAAUGUCAGGGUUACAUCCUGUUGGCUGCUAAUGCUUUGGGAGAUGCCCUGAACUUAGAUCAGAUUUCGGCAGUUAGAGACUUUCCGAAGGUGUUCCCAGAAGAUAUUCUUGAAUUUUCACUUCAAAGGGAGAUUGAAUUUGCGAUUGAACUGGUGCUGGGAGCCGGACCAAUAUCGAUUGCACUGUAUAGAAUGGCUCUGAUAGAGCUGGCAGAGUUAAAGACUCAGUUGGAAGAGCUUCUGAACAAGAGGUUCAUUCGACCGAGUAUAUCACCAUGGGGAGCACCAGUUUUACUGGUAAAGAAGAAGGAUGGAGGAAUGCGAUUGUGUGUGGAUUACCGACAGUUGAAUAAAGUGACAGUGAAGAACAAGUACCCGCUGCCAAGGAUAUAUGACUUGAUGGAUCAACUACAAGGAGAUGGGGUGUUUUCCAAGAUUGAUUUGAGAUCUGGUUACCAUCAGAUAAGGGUGAAGGAGGAUGAUAUCCCUAAGACUGCAUUUAGGACACGCUAUGGACACUACGAGUUUGCGGUGAUGUCCUUUGGGUUAACGAAUGCACCUACUCUGUUCAUGGAUUACAUGAACAGAGUAUUUCGUCCAUUUUUGGACAAAUUCAUGGUGGUUUUCAUAGACAACAUCUUAGUUUAUUCUAAGACGGUGAAAGAGCAUGAGGAACACUUGAGGAUUGUGUUACAAAUCUUAAAGGAACGAAAAUUGUAUGCUAAGUUGUCAAAGUGCGAGUUUCUAGAAGGAGAAAGUGAAGUUUCUAGGUCACGUAGUGAGCAAAGGAGGAAUAGCAGUAGAUCCUUCUAA